AUGGCCCGAAGUGACAUUCUUGUAUCCCCUCCUAUAAGUGACGAGGAGAAUGAGGUUUCAUCUGCUGCCAGAUUUGUAACUAGGCGAACAGAGUUUCAACAAACUGACAUGUCAAAUCCACAGUUGAGUAAUAGGCAAAUGUUUCCCUCAAUCAAAGUAUUUAGACAAGCAAUUAGGGAAAACAAUUUGAGGAAAGGUAAGGAUAUAAGGUUUAAAAAAAAUUACCGAGCCACAUGUAUUGUCGUAUGCAAGGAUCCAGGUUGUAGGUAUCGGGUUUACGGUCGUAAAUGCAAGGAUCAAGAUUCAUUUGAAAUUAGAUCGAUACAAGACAAACACACUUGUACAAGGCAGCAUAGGAAUUCGAUUGUGAAAUCUGGAUGGAUUGCUGAUAGACUUAUUGAUAAGUUUAGAGUGCAACCUAACAUGCCAUUGAAGGCAAUUCUUGGGGAAGUGAAGGACAAGUGGGGUGUUGAUGUUAAUAAAUGGCAAUUGUAUAGGGAUAGAAGAAUUGCAAAGGAAAUGCUUCAUGGCAAAGACAAGCUGCAAUACAAGAAGCUUUGGGAUUAUUGUGAAACCGUUAGACAAACAUAUCAGGGUAGUUGUGUCAUGAUGAAGGUUGAUAGGCCUUUACCUGACCAUCCGGCAUGUUUCCAAAGGUUGUAUUUCUCAUUGGCUGCCAUGAAGAAAGGUUUUCGAGCUGGUUGUAGGCCUAUCAUUGGGUUGGAUGGAUGCUUUUUGAAGGGGACUUAUAAGGGACAGCUUUUGUCGGCCAUUUCGAAGGAUGACAAUAAUAACAUGUACCCAGUGGCACUUGCAGUUGUUGAGGCAGAAACCAAAGACAGUUGGAUAUGGUUUCUUGAGACUUUGAUCUCAGAUCUUGGCACCCCUCUUGCACAAGGAUGGACAUUUAUUUCUGAUCGUCAAAAGAGGCUGCAACCAGCGUUUGACGUGGUGCUUCCCGGGGGUGACCAUCGGUUCUGUGUGAGGCAUUUGUAUGCGAACUAUAGAGAUACAAGUCAUCGUGGUCUUGCAUUGAAAGACAAGUUAUGA